UUACGACAUGACGUGAGGCGGAAGUAUUGCACGCCUUAUAAGGAAUGAGGAGAUUUUCUGACCGGAGAGCUCCGGGAGGCUGCAGAGCGUCGUGAAGAACAACAACAGCGGAUGAUGGAUCGAAUGAGAUCGAUGUUUAACGGCAUGGUUAAAAGCGAGCGCUACAGCAGGUUCACUCUGCAGCCGACGGAGGACGGAGAAAGACACGCUGAGGUCAAACUGUCAGACGAUGCCACCGAUGACGCCACAGACAUAGAGGCGGGAGGAUCUCCGAGCUUCAGGCCGGCACCUCUGCAGAGGAGCCACCGGACUCUUUCCUACGUGGCCCUGGUGACCGUGCUGGUGUUUGUUUUUGGAUUUCUGAUCGGCUACGCCAGCCACCGUCAAAGCCAGGUGGAGCCGGUUAACUGUGGCACAACGAUUGCGAUGACAACUCCGAUGAAGGCAACGCCGUCUCCAGCUCCUCCAGCUCCUCAAGCCCCUCCAGCUCCUCCAGCUCCUCAAGCUCAAGAUGUCCAGCUGGACUGGAAGGACAUCACCCAGCUCCUCACAAAGAAGCUCACCAGCCAGGCCUUCGAGAAGACUCUGACGGAGUUUGCUCUGCCCAGCCGCUCAGCGGGAAGUCAGGACGAUAUGAAACAAGCGGACCGCAUCUUUAACGAAUUCACGAAACUGGAGAUGGAGCCCUGGACUGAUGUUCACUAUGUUCAGCUGCAGACGCCAGACAGCAAGGCCCCAAACCAUGUUGUGUUUGGUUCAGUUGACUUUAAACCUACGGGGUAUCUGGCCUACAGCGCUACUGGCAAAGUUCAGGGCAAGCUGGUGUACGGAAACUACGGCCGUCCAGAGGAUCUGGAGGUUGUGAAGAAGAAGAACGUUGAGCUGAAAGGCUCUGUCCUGCUACUACGUGCUGGAAAGAUCAGUUUUGCAGAGCAGGUGGCUAAUGCUGAGAAGGAGAGGGUCGCUGCUGUUCUAAUCUACCCCGAUACUCAAGACUACAGUUUUCGAACAGACACCGUGCUCUAUGGACAUGUACAUCUGGGCUCAGGUGAUCCUUACACCCCUGGAUUCCCCUCCUUCGAGCAUACCCAGUUCGCCCCAACUCUGUCGUCUGGCCUUCCCAAAAUUCUUGCCCAGACUAUCACCGCCAACAAUGCUGCAGCUCUUCUACAGAAGAUCGGUGGUCCUGCACCAGAUGCAAGCAGCGGUUUUAAAGGCAAACUCGAUGUGCCUUACGACCUGGGAGGCAUCGAGAACAUCACUGUUGAGGUGAACAACAUGCUGGUCAACAGGGAGAUCCAUAACGUGUUCGGAGUGAUCAAAGGAUUCACCGAUCCUGAUCGCUACGUUGUCCUGGGAGCUCAGAGAGACGCCUGGGGUGAAGGUUACGCUAAAGCUACUGUUGGCACCUCCAUACUGAUGGAGCUGGCCAGGGCUGUCCACAAGAUGGUCGAGGAAGAUGGGUUCAGGCCCAGGAGAAGCAUUGUGUUUGCCAGCUGGAGUGCCGGAGAAUAUGGAAGCGUUGGCGCUACCGAGUGGCUGGAGGCCUACAUGUCCUCUAUUGACAAAAAUGUUUUUACCUACAUAAGCCUGGAUGGAGUGGUCAUGGGUCGCGGGAGCUUCAUGGCCUCAGCGAGUCCACUGCUCUACAGCCUCCUUGAGAGAACGAUGAAGGAGGUGAAGAAUCCUGUGGAUUCUGGCAUGAUGUACAAUAUGAUCGGAAAGGAUAAAUGGGAGAGCAAAGUAAUGAGGCCGAUGAUGAUGGAUGACCCUGCCUAUCCCUUCCUGGCUUUUGCCGGAAUUCCCUCCGUCUCCUUCCACUUCAUCUCUUCCAACUCUGAAUCGUACACGUACUACGGCACCAACCUGGACAACAUCGAUCACCUCAACUACCAAACCAACCACCACACCAGUGAGAUGACGGCAGCGGCGGCGCAGUUUGCCGGACAGAUGGCUCUGCGGCUGGUCCAUGACCACCUGCUGAGUCUGGACGUGAGCCGCUACAAGAGCCUCCUCACCACGACUGUCACCGGAGUCUUCCAACGGAUUAGGCAGCUCUCACAGUCUGGGCAGCUGAAGAAUGUGAGUCCCACCUGGCUGAGCAGUGCACGAGGGUCCUUCCAGCGAGCUGCCGACAGCAUCACAAACGAUAUUGAGAACACUGACUUAAGCGACAACGAGGCCUGUCGGAUCCUCAACAACAGGAUCAUGAGGAUUGAGCACACCCUCCUCUCCCCGUACGUGUCGCCCGUCGAGACUCCGUUCCGUCACCUCCUGUUGGGCCGAGGCCCCCACACUCUGACGUCCAUCGCCGAGACCGACGACAUGGAGGAGCUCCACACCCAGCUGGCCUUGGCCACCUGGAACCUGCAGGGAUGUGCCAACGCCAUGGUGGGAAACAUCUGGGACCUGGACAACCAAAUCUAAAGCAGCGAUGUGAGCGUGGGAGUCGUGCGAUGGUGUGCGUGUGUGUGUGAAUGUGUUUGAAAAUAAAUCUGAGGUAAAUUGUAGAGCUCCAACAUCAGCACUUAAGCACAAGCUGUCAGUCAGAGGUCCCAUCCUUUAAAUACAUUCAGCUUUCGGGGGGGAACGCUACUUUUAAAGAUCGAGGAGGAGAUAAAGUAUUGAAAUUUAACAUUAAUAACUGUGAAACAAAAGCGUCAAAUACUUGAAGAUUUAAAACGCUAACGACAAAUCCGCCUUUUCUUCUCCUACUGCUACACCUCGAACCAGUUGAAGCCUUUGCUGCUACGACCCGUUGCCAUCGAAGCACUGAGAAACCUUAUUUAUACUUAAGUUUUUUUUAUCAGUGGCAGUGCCCACUAUAAAGUUAUAGUUUGUCUUUUUAUACGACGUUAUCGGAAGCAGUGCCUUCCAUAAUUAUGACGGUUAUACUGUCGAAACCUACGGCGGCAGCAUCUGCUAUGGAAAGACUCCUCAACUGUUGCUGACAAAAUGGAGCCUCAGAUAAAGUUAGAUUUGUGACCUCCUGGCCUUUAUUUCUUCCUUUUGUGUGGAGCUAUAUUGAAACUUUGUCAUCAAAAGGCGGAAAUAAAGGGAUGAAAACUUAAUAGUCAGUUAGCAUUUCAAUUGAUCUGCCAGAAACAAAACAUCUGAAACUACUCCGAUUGUUCAUUUACCACAAGCCAGGAGAUAAAUUACUGAAUUUUAUUUCUGCUUUUGAUGGCAAGGUGAAUGCUAAAUUAAAAAGCAUAAAAAGCCAUGCAGAAUUUCUGAAUAUAAUAUCCAAUCCCCCCUUUGUGGCCCAGUAAACUGAGCUGAUUGGUUGCAUAAUUUGCAAGAAAGCCAUUUCUGUUGCACAGUCUACUUUGGAGCAGUUUAUACUAUGACAAUGUUAUCGGGAGCAGUGCCUUCCAUAAUUAAAAACCCAUUAUCGGGAGCAGUGCCUUCCAUAAUGAACAGUGACGGUAGAUUUUUGCCUACCAUUGUAUGUGUUUUUUGUACAUGUGUAUUUAUCGAGAGCAGUGUCUCUCAUAUUUCACUUGCAGGGUGGAACAACUUAUCGGGAACAGUGUUUCCCAGAGUUUUAUACUUGACAUAUUUAUUUGUUUUAUUUUUGUGUGUGUUUAGGCACAGUCCUCUAGACCGCCACAGUGCAUCCACAUCCAGUUUCUUUAGUUUUUUUUGCAUGUGUGUGUGAUCCAUACCAUAAUCUAAUCAUAAUAAACCUCAUCUGGACAAGAUUGACAUUACAGAAAUCAAUUCAGACAGCGACAGCAUUUUAAUCAUCAGGAAAUCACAGUAUGAGGUCUGUAACAGCCAAAAAUGUCCUGAUUUGACCAUGAGACAAUUGAAAUCCUUUUCGCUUUGUUUGGCCAUUGUCUCCCAAGUCGAUCAUGAAUCACCCGCCAUAAAUUGGCUUAGAAAAAUGUCAGAAGUUGCCUGAGAAUGAUCACUUUUUAAACAUUUUCUGCAGUCUUAAGGGACUCCAGUGUUAUUUGUCUUUACAUUUGUGAGUACAAUAUAAUCAGGCCUUGCUAAUGGCUAAUUUGGCAUACUUUUAAUGGCCAGGUUGCCAAAAUAUAUGCUGAUGUUUCAACUGUAGCUGCUUUUGAUUUCAAGCUUCCUAAGUUUGUUUUUUUCUAAAUGUCGUCCUCUCUGCCCACUCCACUGUCAUGAAAUGUUAUCUACCUUAGAGCAGCCCACUGAAUGGGCCGCUACAGUGAGUUCCUGUUAAUUUUUUCUGUUGAUAUAUUCGUUUCUGUGAGAUUCUUGAAGGCUUUUUGGCUUCACACUGAGCUGAUUUUAAACAAAUUGCCAGAAGAACAAGCAGCUCUUACAGCGAAGGGUCAAAAAAAGUCAGCUUAAGAUACACAGAUGUACCUUCAGACUGGAUUUAGUUUACAGGACCAGUUACUGACCAACAGGAGGAGACUGCUGCUGUGAUUACAGGAUUUAAAAUCACUGACCACCGCCCUCAGACAAAUCCAUGUGGUAGUAGAUUUCAGAUUUGUUUACAUCUGAUCAACUUACUGAAGGAUGUUUAAAUGCACUGAUCUCGGCAACAAAUGUGUUCAUCUCGAUACCUCCAACUCUCCUUGUGUGUUAGUGGCUUUAAAUCCACUCAGACACACUGAAGGAUGUUUCAAUGCACUGAAUUCAUGACAGCCAGCGACAAAUUUAUCCACCUCGAUACCUCGAAUUCUCCUUGUAGGUCAGUGACUUUAAAUCCGGUCUGAAUGCAGCUCAAAUAAGUGAACAGACACAAUGUAGGAUCUUUAAAUGCACUGAAUUCAUUGUAGUUAACGCCAAACCUGGGCUGUCUGCUUCAUCUCCAUACUUCUCUGUGUGUUACUGACUAUAUAAACACCACACAUGCUGUACAACACGUGAAUUCACCCCACAAGCCUCAACCAUUUGCAUGCAUUCCUUCCCCACUGCAUGUUACCGAAGUGUAGUUCAGACUCGAACCAUAUUAUAAAGGUUUCACAUUUAAAUUAGCUUCGUUUGCAGAUAUUUUGACCAUUUCCUCCCAGAAAAGUUGGUGUUUUUCCCAGAAUUGUAUUAUCAAAUGUCUGGAACAGAAUCUAAAGUUAAAAAAUGUAAUGUAAAACCCGAUAACUGAUAUUCAAAGAUAAAUAUUAUUGCAACUUAAGUUGUAAUUAGUAGCAAGAACAUGUUACUCAGUAGCUAGUAAUGUUUCAUUUAGAUAAUUCAGAUUUUGUUUGCUCAUAUUGGUUCAACUUGUGUUACUAUUCCAAAUUAUGUUUACUUUUGUUCAUGUCACAAGAAAAUUCUCUGACUCCUACGCUAGAAAUUGGGUUGCUAGGAAAUACAUUUCCAUUCACUGUGUUGCUUUAAAAAAACUUGUUCAGUAUGAGUUCUAUUCUUCAGAAGUUAUGAGGUUCUGUUUGUGAUUUCCAUGUUCAGCAGAAAAGUGUAUUAAACCCUUUGGCUUAGCAUCCA